GAGACGGCGGAGGCCUGAAUAGAAGCCCAGGAGUUGAGGCCUGUGAUUGUCUGCGUGGGGUUGGAGGGCGGCAUAGCUAAAGGCAGUGCAUGUAGCACAAAGCUCCGGAAUGGAGGGGAGAGGAUGGAGGUUUAGGCCUUGGGCGGAGAGGUCGUGUGGGCCUUGGGGGGAAGUAGUGGGGAUUGAGUGAAUGGGCUGGGUCUGCGAGGAGAUGAGCUGAUGCCGAAGGCAGUGGGUGAUGAUGCUCGGUCGGGCAGCGGGCGAAGUGGUUCCGUAGCCCUGGCGGUGGGGGAGGCCUCCCCGAGGGAAGCCGAGGCGGCAGUUCAGCGGUGGGCUGGGAGGAUGGGUACACUGGGACAAGGCGCCGGAUCCAGUGAGUCAAUCGCCGUGGCGGUCGGGGACUGAGAGGAAGGUCCGCUGCUUGGGGCCGGGAUGUGUGCAAGCCGCUGCUUAGGGCUCUCCUUCGUCUCGGUCGCGGCCGGCGCCGAGCAACUGCGGGCUUUAGGCCUCGCUCGCUUCAACCCGCUUCCCGCCCAUAGGCGGAGCCGCACUCCCCCGUAUUGGCGGCUGCAUAUAUCGAGGCCCUGGACACCCGGCCGGCGGUCCUGGGUGAAGUUAGUCUGAAUUGGUAGUGGUGUGCUUUUAGGCGACAGGCCAUUGCACCAUGUCCGAUUACUUCAUGCUCAAGCCUCCAAAUGAUUACUGGGAGGAAUGGUGAGAACAAAGGUUUGUUGUUUACGAUGGAGUGGCAACCUGAUGAACAGGGUCUUCAGCAAGUGCUCCAGCUGCUCAAAGACUCUCAAUCGCCAGACACAGCAACACAACGGGCAGUUCAACAAAAAUUGGAGCAGCUGAACCAGUAUCCAGACUUCAACAACUACCUGAUUUUUGUCCUAACCAGACUGAAAUCUGAAGAUGAACCAACACGGUCCCUUAGUGGCCUGAUUCUCAAGAACAAUGUGAAAGCUCAUUACCAGAGUUUUCCCCAGGGGGUUGCAGAAUUCAUCAAACAGGAGUGUUUAAAUAACAUUGGAGAUGCCUCCCCACUCAUCAGAGCAACCAUAGGUAUUUUGAUCACUACUAUUGCUUCGAAGGGAGAGCUGCAAGCUUGGCCAGAGCUGCUUCCUCAACUCUGUAACCUGCUCAACUCUGAAGAUUACAAUACAUGUGAGGGUUCUUUUGGAGCCUUACAAAAAAUUUGUGAGGAUUCUUCUGAAAUGCUGGACAGUGAUGCUUUGAAUAGACCUCUCAACAUCAUGAUUCCCAAAUUCUUGCAGUUUUUCAAACAUUGUAGUCCCAAGAUCAGAUCCCACGCAAUCGCUUGUGUGAAUCAGUUCAUCAUCGGCAGGGCCCAGGCACUCAUGGACAAUGUCGAUACUUUCAUUGAGCACCUAUUUGCGUUGGCAACAGAUGAGGAUUCAGAAGUGAGGAAGAAUGUAUGCCGGGCACUGGUGAUGCUGCUGGAAGUUCGGAUAGACCGCCUAAUCCCACAUAUGCACAGUAUAAUCCAGUACAUGUUGCAGAGGACGCAAGAUACUGAUGAAAAUGUAGCAUUGGAGGCGUGCGAGUUCUGGCUGACACUGGCUGAACAGCCAAUCUGUAAAGAGGCCCUAUCAGGACAUUUGAUCCAGUUGAUUCCUAUUUUAGUGAAUGGAAUGAAAUACUCGGAGAUUGACAUAAUCCUUUUAAAGGGUGAUGUGGAAGAGGAUGAUACCGUCCCAGACAGUGAGCAAGAUAUAAAGCCCCGUUUUCACAAGUCCCGCACGGUUACCCUGCAGCAUGAGGAGGAUGCCACUGAGGAAGAUGAGGACUUUGAUGACGAUGAUGACACGCUUUCAGAUUGGAACCUGAGAAAGUGCUCGGCUGCUGCACUGGACGUCUUGGCAAAUGUUUUCCGAGAUGAUCUUCUGCCUCACCUUCUGCCACUGCUGAAAGGAUUGUUGUUCCAUCCGGACUGGGUUGUUAAGGAGUCUGGAAUCUUGGUUUUAGGUGCAAUUGCUGAAGGUUGUAUGCAAGGGAUGGUUCCCUACCUCCCAGAGUUAAUCCCGCACCUCAUUCAGUGUCUGCCGGAUAAGAAGGCGUUGGUGCGUUCAAUUGCCUGCUGGACAUUGAGUCGCUAUGCACACUGGGUUGUCAGUCAGCCACCGGAUCAGUACCUUAAGCCAUUGAUGACUGAGCUUCUGAAACGAAUCCUGGAUGGAAAUAAGAGAGUCCAAGAGGCAGCCUGCAGUGCAUUUGCUACAUUGGAGGAAGAGGCCUGCACUGAGCUUGUGCCAUAUCUCAGCUAUAUCCUCGACACACUGGUAUUUGCCUUUGGAAAGUAUCAGCACAAGAACCUGCUGAUCUUGUAUGAUGCUAUUGGCACUUUGGCAGACUCUGUUGGACAUCAUCUCAAUCAGCCGGAAUACAUCCAGAAGCUAAUGCCUCCACUCAUUCAGAAAUGGAAUGAACUCAAGGAUGAAGAUAAGGAUCUCUUCCCUCUGUUGGAGUGUCUUUCAUCAGUGGCCACAGCUCUACAAAGUGGCUUCCUCCCUUACUGUGAGCCUGUUUAUCAACGUUGUGUCACUCUUGUCCAGAAAACACUAGCCCAGGCAAUGAUGUACAAUACUCAGCCGGAUCAGUAUGAGGCUCCAGACAAGGACUUCAUGAUUGUGGCACUGGAUCUGCUCAGUGGCUUGGCAGAGGGUCUUGGGGGCAAUGUAGAGCAGUUGGUUGCUCGGAGUAACAUCAUGACUCUUCUAUUUCAGUGCAUGCAGGACACCAUGCCAGAGGUCCGUCAGAGUUCAUUUGCACUUUUAGGAGAUCUCACCAAAGCCUGUUUCCAGCAUGUUAAACCAUGUAUAGCUGAGUUCAUGCCUAUCUUGGGAACCAAUCUGAACCCAGAGUUCAUAUCUGUGUGCAACAAUGCCACCUGGGCAAUUGGGGAGAUCUGCAUGCAGAUGGGUUCAGAGAUGCAGCCUUAUGUGUCACUAGUCCUGAAUAACUUAGUGGAAAUCAUCAAUAGACCAAACACUCCCAAAACUCUGCUUGAAAACACAGCCAUAACCAUUGGUCGCUUGGGUUAUGUGUGUCCUCAGGAAGUAGCACCCAUGCUGCAGCAAUUCAUUAGACCAUGGUGCACGUCUUUGAGAAACAUCCGUGACAAUGAAGAGAAGGAUUCUGCAUUCCGAGGGAUCUGUAUGAUGAUUGGAGUGAAUCCAGGGGGUGUAGUCCAGGAUUUCAUCUUUUUUUGUGAUGCUGUUGCUUCAUGGGUGAACCCAAAAGAUGACCUGCGCGAGAUGUUUUAUAAGAUACUGCAUGGGUUCAAGGAGCAGGUUGGUGAGCAGAACUGGCAACAAUUUUCUGAACAGUUCCCACCACUUCUGAAGGAGCGGCUGUCUGCAUUCUAUGGCGUAUAGCUGAAGUUAAGGGACAUGUCAGGUUUCUGUUGCUGGGAGGGCUACUGGGAAAUCAUCCACAUCUAGGAGUUGCAAUGCCCUGUCAACGGGGGGUUAGGGUGGAGCUGGUGGGACUAAAAUAAACACCCCCUUUCUCCGGAAAUAUCGGGGGAAAAGAGCCUCUAAAGCAGAGCAAACAGGAUUAAUUAGGCUGAAAGAUCUUGCACGCCUUCUCUCUAAUGAGGCAAUUGCCACUACACACGGGAUAAUCCAAAGAUUCCUGAGAGUCAAAUCUCUCGGUUGGACAACUCGGGAGGGGGCAAAACGUGUUGGGGAAAUUUAGGGGAAAAAAUUAAAAUCUAGGCAAGCUUAGGGAAGAAUUCUAAAAGGUUAAUGAAAUUGGCUAGGUUUAAACAGCCUUGUCCAUCUAAAUUUGGGUAACAUCAAGUCUGAUGCUUGUGCCGUGGUUUAAGAGUAGAAGUUUUUAAAAGUUAGUUUUUUUUUAACACAUUAAAGCUAGAAAGCAUACCAAGCUUUGUACUGUUGCAUAGAUCCCCAGCAGUCAUCUAAAGAGUCACUGUUUCAAGCUAGACUGCAUGGUGGUGAGCUGUAAUACUCUAGUGAUCUCUGAACAGAAUGUAAUGAACCAUAACACGUGUCUCUAUAUAGAUCAAGGCUUCACUAUCAUUUCCGAUGGUUUGUAACGGAUUGGUCCAAUACAGUAGCGCUCAGCUUUCUGCUUCCCUCGAGCCCAACAGUGGGCAGAAGAGAUCGUCGGU